AUGAACCUGAAAGACAACAACUUGGCCAUUGGGGAUCUCAAGGCUCUUGAAUACUUUCAAUUUGCUGUAUGGCCUCUUUUCACCACCGCGGCUCAUCCUUGCCCACCACCCAUACCUCUAGCCAUGGAAUGUCAACCGGUACUUCUGGCUGUGUGCGAACUGGCCGAGGCGCAUCGAACAAUACGGGACGAGGCUGGGAGUAGCACGGUGAGCGCACCGUUCGAUAAAAGAAUGAGCUGCCUGGCUUCAGUCAGGGAGCAGCUUCGAAUCAAUGAUUCCAAUCACGCAUCACUUUCGCCCCUGCUGAUCGCAGUUUUUCUACUCUACUUUUUGGACGGUUUUAUUGAGUGUGGCCAUCCAUCUGCCUCAACGGCAAGCCACCACGUGGGGGUCCAAGCGAUCGUUGAUCACCUCGGAGGCUUCACAGCUCUUAUAAAAAUGGGCCAAAAGGAUAUCACGAUGCUACUAUCAGAAUUUGCAUCCACAGACCUGACAAAGGCUCUGCUGGACGACCGAGCUCCUUGCUUUCCGGCUGAAAUCUGGACACAGAUAGAGCACGGGACAGUGUGGUGGGACCAAGAAACAUACAAUGGCACGACACUGGCAUCAGUAUUUCGAAUACUGGCAGAAAUGUCAUUAUAUCGCCAGCAAAUCAAAGGAGAUCCAGAGACGCUCUCAAUGGAAGUGGUGCGCGAUUUUGAGCGGUCUCUACAGCCGUCAUUCCAGAUUCUCAACUUUGACCAUAUUGAAUACCCUAAUACCUACACUGUACAUGAAACUACGCUUGAAUCAAGGAUGCAGGCCGAUUCCUUCACGCGUGCUUUUCAGCAUAGUGCGCUCGUCUACCUAUACCGAGCAAUAUGUGGCCUUCCACCAAGGCAUUGUUUGGUACAACAGCAUGUUCAGUCGUGUGCGGAGUGCAUCAAAAGUAUCUCACCUCUUUCCAAGGCCCAUAACUGUAUAAUAUUUCCAUUAUACAUCGUGGGCGCACAUACUUUCCUACAAGAUCAACAGGCCUUCGUCUUGGAGAGACUUGAUUUUAUAUACAAAUAUUUGCGCUUCAAUGCCGUGCUGUUGGUUCGCGCAUCGUUGGAGGAUUUAUGGAAGUCACCGCGGCAUAAUGGUGAUUGGUGGGAUAUGUUUAGAUCUCUAGGUGAACAUGUGCUUGUGAUCUAG